UGAUGCAGCUCAUGUUCCUCGAUCAGCUAAUCCGUCUUGAUGAUGCAAACUGUCUCUAGAUCUGAUCACAACAUGGUGAUGCUUGUAUGAAACUCACCUUGCGUCACUGUACAUAUAUUUUUUCCUGCAGCGCAGAGAGAGAUGGAUCUGUCCAGGAGGAGCGAGAGCGACUGGCAGGGGCUGGUCAACGAGUUCCUCAUUUGUAAGCGUAAGUUGGAGAGUAAAAAAGAAGCUCUUCUGAUUCUGUCUAAAGAGCUGGACACCUGCCAGCAGGAGAGGGAUCAGUUCAAACUGAUGGCCAACCAGCUACGUGAGCGACACCAAGGACUCAAGAAGAAGUACAGGGAACUCAUUGAUGGUGAUCCCUCUCUGCCUCCUGAGAAAAGGAAUCAAGUAAAUUUAGCCCAGCUACUGAGAGACUCCAGAGAAAAGAGCAGUCAACUUUCUGAGGAGGUGAAGGAGCUGAAACAACGACUGGUGGAAGCUCAAGGUGACAACAAGCUUCUACGAAUGACCAUCACCAAACAACGGCUGGGAGACGAAGAGGUCGGCGCUCGACACUUUCCCGCUCAUGAACGAGAGGAUCUGGUCAAACAGUUAGAACGAGCUGGAGAGCAGAACGAGGUUUUGGAGCACAGCAUGAAGUCGCUCACAGAUGAGCUUCAGGACGUACGAGCGGAGCGUGACGUGUUUCAGCAGAAGGCCCAUCGACUCAAUGUGGAAAUUAACCACAUCUUGGGCAACGAUGAGAUACGCAUGUUGGACGUAGAUGCGCUCUGCAUGGAGAACAGGUAUUUGCAUGAACGGUUCUGUCAAUUUCAAGAAGAAAUCAACUUGCUCAAAGCAAACCUGGUGAAGUACAAGAGUGCCCUGGACUGUAGGAAAACAUCUAGGAUCUGUGGGAAACCCAACAGUAGUGCACUGACUGGGGUGCUCUCUGCCAAACAAGUGAAGGAACUGUUGCUGUCUGAAGAAAACAGCUGCAGUUUGCCGGUGACUCCUCAGUCCAUUUCAGACCUCAAGUCACUCGCCACAGCUCUGCUGGAAACCAUCCACGAGAAGAACAUGGUGAUUCAGCACCAACGCCAAAUCAACAAGAUUCUUGGAAAUCGAGUAGCAGAGCUGGAGAAGAAACUAAAAGCGUUAGAAAUGUCUGGAUUAUGGAGCCUGCCAGGUCUGACUUAUAAUGUGUCUCUGGGAAUAUAUGGAAGAGGAAAAGACACCAUCAUCCUGAAUACUCAGCAGGCUGAGUUGACAGAGUCUCCUGGACAGGAAGGUGAUGAACUGUCGGAACAAAUAGUUGUCGAUCAGCAGAGCUCCACAGGAGUCCCAGUCCAAGAGAGUGGACCACCAGCUGGGUCAGGUGGUCAACAGAAGCUUCUUGUGGAGACACUAUCCCCAUCCAGCGGGGAGACGUGCCAGCCAGCUGAGGAAGAGCCAGUCUGCCCUCAGACAGAAACACCAGACAGUGAAGAGUGUCCUGACAGCAGUCAGUCACAGGUCACAACUGAUUUAACGAGUCACCGGUCAAAAGAAGAGUGUGCGAGUGAUUCCUCCUCCGCACAACAUCCGUCAGACCUGUGCCACAUAGAGCAAACUUUAGAGGACUCUGACCCCACAGGGGGAAGAGGGGAACAGUCGGAUGAAUGCACUGAUGGGGUGGAAACUGUUGAGAUGGAGUUUAUUCUAACAGAGGCAAACAUAAAUAGCACAAUAUGCACUGCUGCCGCCGCAAGUUCCGAUGAAGACCAGGAGAAUGUCCAGUCAAACCUGGAGACGGAGCUUCCAGAUGGGACAGAUGUUUUGUGUUAGUCAGGAAAUGUGAAUUCUUCCAUGAGCUGCUCACAUGUUGCAGAGCAUCGGGAAAAAUCAAUGCCGUAUCGCAUUAUGAUGCUACUUUAUUUAUUUUUAUGAAUAAUGAAAAAAAAAUGGAAAAAGUGUCGCUAUUGAGUUGAUAAUGGAUGCCGACAUCUGAUAUUUACUGCAAAUCCAAGUAAUAUCAAAACCAAUUAUUGUUUUUUUUACUUGUCAAAGUAGUAAGAAUGACUCAUGACAAACCUAAAACAAGAAUUGAGCAUCAACUGUCAGGAACUGAUGAUGUAAUAUGUGCCCAAAGAAUGUCCAAACCCAAACGUAACUCCCAUAUGUGAUUGUUGAACAGAAAUGUGCUGCUAUAACUCUAAUGGAAUAGUUUUUCCACAAAGAUGUUCCGCAGAGAUUUGCUCCCACUCAGCCAGAAAAGCAUUAGUGAGGUUGGGCAACAAAGCCUGGAUCACAGUCCAGUUAAUCCAAAAGGGGUUGGACGGGUUUGAGGUCAGAACUUUGUGCACAUCAGUCAAGUUUUUCCACACCAUUGUGGUGUUGAAACAGGAAAGGGUUAUUCCCAAACUGUUCCCACAAAGUUUGAAGCGUUGCAUUGUUUAUGUAUCGGAGGUGGGUGAAACUGAUUUAUGGCGAUAAAAGUAUCAAAAAAUGUCUGUAGGAUACGGCUGUAAUGCCACAGGGGUGUCAUGAUUUAGAUUAACAUUUCUACUGUUAACUCUGGAGUACGACACUGAUUCAGGUUUCUCACAGAAAGUAACUUAAAAUUAAGAGGGACGUGUGAUUGCUUUUGACUAUGAAGACGUGGUGUUGCUUAGAAAUCAAUUCUCUGUCUUUCUACCUCUGCCGACACUUCCCACGCCUCGACGUUCAAGAAACCUACCGAAUCUCAUUGGCCAGUAUGUCAAAUAGACAUCCAGCUAUUGUGAGCAAUGUUUAGUUCAAGCAGCAGCUUUAUUUUGUUUUCAUCAAACACAUUUACAGUUUAAGUUCUUGUCUUGACAAUGUGAGACAUUUAGCUUAUUUGCUAAUCACCCUUACACGUCUUAUUUUUAAUCAACACAAUAGUAUCAAAGCUAUAAAAUGCUGCAUGACAAUGUACUAGAUAUUGAUUAAAGAUAAUUGCAUUUUCUUUUUUAACACAUGCUCUUAUUUAUUUCCUUGACAGGCUUCUUCAAAGCAAAUAUUUGACAUACAAGGAUUUGUCAGAUGACAUCUUAAUUAAGAACACAUUUACAGAAUUUAGUCUACAACACAAUUAAGCCACAACUAGAUUACCAGCACUGAUGUCUUUGUCCCAUUUUUGUGGUGAAACACAAGAUAGAAAUUACAUAGAGCCAUGUGUGUUAAAUGUUUGGAGAAAUGUGUACAAAAUGGAUUUUUUUCUGAAAAAUAAAUAGUUUUCAAC